AUGGCGGCGGAAACAAGUACUCAGGGAAGGCAGGGGAAGGAGACGACGGAGGAACUUCUUGCAAGGCUGAAUCUGCAAGAGGAAGAGGAUGACGCUUUUGUGUGGGAAGAGGAAUUGCCGGAUCUGAGAGAGCCGGCGAAGUGGCUGGCAAUAGCCAGAGUUCAUACUACAAGAACUUUCAGCCCUAAUGCUCUGUAUGGGGACAUGCGUGCUGCGUGGAACCCGGCGAAAACAAUUGUUUGGAGGAAGAUUAAGGAAAACUUAUUUACUGCCCAGUUUGGAUGUUUAGGGGACUGGAACAAAGCUAUGGCUGAGGGGCCUUGGCUGUUCAGAGAUCAAGCGGUCAUCAUGGUUGAGUACGAUGGGUUCAAAAACCCUGAUAGUAUCAAGCUGGACAAGUUGGCGGUGUGGGCACAAAUCCAUCGGCUGCCUGACAACUUCCUGAUAGAGCCUGCUGUUAGAGGGAUGGCAUUACGCAUUGGAGAAGUGGAGGAAGUGCAAUUGAAGUUACCGGCAGGUUUCUUUGGUGAGUUUGUCAGAGUUAGGGUGAAGAUAGAUAUAAAUGCAAAAAUCAGAAGGUUCGUAACUGGAAAAAAGGGAGAUGAGAUGGUAAGAUACCAAGUCAAGUAUGAGAAACUUCCGAUCUUCUGCUAUAACUGUGGCAAGCUGGGAGAGGUGGCUAUGGCUUUCAGAGGGGACGAGGUGGCCCAAGACCUGCGGGAGGAAGAGGCCGGGGAAGAGAGCAAUAUAACCCAAACCAAAGUUGGCGUUUCAAUGCACAACAGAACGAACCUCGCAGACAGGAUGGUGGGGCGGUCUCUGAGCCAGCUCCGGGUGAUACGGGUAUGA